AUGAUCUCAAAACUUUUUUGCACAUCAAUUGCAACUAACACUUGUUGCUAUUGCAAAAAAUAUUUGGAAGUUGAAGACUUUUUUUAUCAUGUUACUAAUGUGUUGAAUGUUGUGGGAGGAUCUUUUAAGCGUAGAGAUUUACUUCGUCAUCACCAAGCCAAAAAUUUGAAGCAAUUACUUGAGUCCGAUGAAGCUCAUACCGGACAAGGAUUACAUCAAGAACGUGGGCUUCAAAGAUCGGGUGAUACUUGUUGGGGAUCACAUUUCAAAACAUUGGAUAACUUUCUUGUUAUUUUCUCAUCUAUUGUUCAUGUGCUUGAAGUGAUUGAAAUUGAAGGUUCUACCUCAAGUGAUAGAAAUCAAGCGGAAUAUCUUUUGACAAAGGCCAAAACAUUCAAAUUUGUUUUUAUGCUUCACUGGAUAUUGAAAGUAUUGGCCAUGUCAAAUGAGUUGAGCAAGAUUUUACAAAAUAAAGAUCAAGAUAUUGUUAAUGCCGUAGAGUUUCUUAGCAUCUCAAAGAAAAGAUUGCAAAAUAUGAAAGAAAGUGGGUGGAAAUCUUUGUUGGAUGACGUUUCUUCAUUUUGUGAUUCACAUGAUAUCUUGAUUCCCAAAUUAGAUGAGCCUAAUUUUCCUGGAAAGUCAAAGCAUAAGUGUUUCGAUGUUUGUUAUUCGCACCAUUUGCAUGUUGAAAUCUUUUGUGAUGUCAUUGAUGUGCAACUUCAAGAGCUUAAUGAUCGUUUUGAUGUAGUGAGUAGUGAUUUGCUUCUUGGGAUGGGUAGCUUGAAUCCUGUCUAUUCUUUUUCUAACUUUGAUGUCUUUAGUGAAGUGUUAUCCAAAUAA